UCAUAGCUUCAGCCAUCUUUUAUGAUGUUUUAACACCUAAGAUUGAAAUAUGUUGGUGGUAGCUGACUUCAGUUUGCACUCCACAGGGAACACACACUCACCAGCCUCACAGGUGAUCAGAGUGCCACUGGAGGCUGACCCCACAAUUCAUGGUCGUUAUAGGCCUGGUCAGCCAGGAUAUGACCUUUGCUUCCUGCGAUUACGCUCUAGGUUACCACUAGGGGGCUCUGUUCUGCCCCUCUGCCUUCCAGAGAAGGACUUCAGUGAGAACAUCCUAAUGCAAGAUGGCGAGGAGGGUGUGAUUUCACCAGGAUCUGUCCGCCAUUCUUACGUCUCAUUGGAGGACUGCCGUGACCACCUGAACCUCAGCUUUACUCUGAACAACAAGAUGUUCUGCAUGAAAGCACACAAACCGGAGACAGACACCCAAGAGGAGGGGAAAAGCCCCUCCACACUGCAGUCUAGUCUGAUUACUCGAGAGAAGGGAAUGAGACCGAGGACACAACAGACUGUGUGGAUGACUGAUGACGAUUUGUUUGAGUAUUCAGAGGACAUAGGACCUUUAUCAGAAGAUGUUGCGUCAACUGUGCCACCGUCUGCACAAAACAAAAUGUACCUCACAGCUGAGGUCAUAAGGAACCCUACACAAGAAGGGACUUCAAGGCCCCCAGCAGAAAGUCGUCCCAAAAAGGUAGAAAAACUAAAGGACACAGGACCUUUAUCAGAAGACGUUAAGUCCACUGUGCCACCUACUGAACAAAACAAAACGCUCCUCACAUCUGAGGUCAUGAGGAAUACUACACAAGACAAAGCAUCAAAUCUCCCUGCAGAAAGUCGUCCCAAAAAGGUUGAAAACCCAAAGGGCAUAGUGCCUUUAUCAAAAGACGUUGUGAAGUCCACUGUGCCACCUUCUAAACAAAACAAAACGCUCCUCACAGCUGAGGUUAUGAGGAAUACUACACAAGAGAAAGCAUCAAAUCUCCCUGCAGGAAGUCGUCCCAAAAAGGUUGAAAACCCAAAGGUACCUUUAAAAGUACCUUUAUCAAAAGACGUUGUGAAGUCCACUGUGCCAGCGUCUAAACAAAACAAAACGCUCCUCACAGCUGAGGUCAUGAGGGACACUAAACAAGAGAAGACAGCAAAGCCUACAGCAGGAAGUCCCACAAAUGUUGGAAACUCCGCUCCUACGGUGAGCAGAAGAGGUGACUGCCGGUUCCUCUCCGGGACUCCCGUUGCCAGUGUGAAAGGACAGACGGUGUUUGUGACGGGGCUCAUGCUCUCCCACGACUGCUCCCAGGGGCUGGUCUUCACUAAGCUCUCCCGCUUCCUGCCAUGGAUAGAGUCCAUGCUGGAGAGCAGCUGAUAUUGCUCCACUCUGAGGGGGCCUCUCAUUUACAC